AUGUUACUGUAUUACACAGGUUUCAGCACAGAGUUCGUAUCGAUUAUCGGUGGAAUUCCUCCUCUCAUUUAUGAUCAAGCAUCGAGCCGUUUUCCACCAAAAACUACAAUCUCAACGAUAGUUCAAGCAGUUAUGGUCGACCAGUGGAAUUUUGUAUAUUCAUAUGAUCUUUAUUGGAAAGCAUGUGCACCCGCCUAUUGUACUUAUUCUGAUUCGGUUCAUACAAAUAAUUUUGUUGGGAUAUUAAUAAUUAUGAUAUCUAUGAUCGGUGGUCUUAUGGCUGCAUUACGGUUAAUCAUACCUCCAGUUGUUAACUUUAUCUAUGGCUUAUUUACACCAAAAAAGACAUUUGAUAAACCAUCCUUUAAUGUUUACAAUGGUCUUGCAAAAGAUCACGGUGAUACACUGCAAUGUCAGUGUUCAUCAAUUUCAUCAACAUAUAAUCAAUAUGUGCAGCUUGAACCCAUAUUUCAUCCGAUCUGUUCAAGUACAUUCGCUUCGAAUGAAUGGCGUGAGAAUCUCACAGCUAAUCUUAUUCCUGAUCUAUCUAUUUAUGAUAUCAGGGACUAUCGUCGUUUCCUUUCAGCGCAUUUACAAUUACUUAGUGGUUUAUGCCAACUUUCUAUUCAAACAAUAAACGAUUCUGUUGAUCAAUUCCUUUCAUCUACAUUGGCUAGUGCUCAAAUUAUACCAGAAACAGUGUUCCGUCUCGAAAUCAAUUUGCUCAUUGAAGAGAGUCAAUCGAAUGCGCCCAUUAUGUUCGCUCGUCUUCUAUCCUUACUACGAGCAGCAAACCAUGGAAAUGCAUUUGUAUCUGCCUAUGGAAACAACUUUAAAUACAUGAUUCCUUUGACUAAUAGAAUUGCCAACAUUGCAUUUACCCAAGCCAUGAUUUAUGAUAAUGGAUGUUCUUGUGGGUUAGAUGCAACCUGUACGACCCACGCAAGUUUCAUGAAUAGUAAUUCAACAGAAAUCAUUCCAAUCAAAGGCCUAAAAAUGGGCUGUACACCAAGUGAAUCAUUUCUUGGUUCAACUCUCGAAUGUUUCUACGAUUCUUCAUAUCUUCCAACGACUGCGACAAACUUUACAAAUAUGAGCAUAACAACUAGCACUGGCAAGAACAUGACAACAACUGCGACAACAACAUUAUCUAUUUCAACAGUAUCAACUUGCCAGUUAACAUUUCAACCAAUUGUUUCAUAUGCAACUAGCACUGACAGCUCAUACGCACUCGCUGUCAGUGAUUUUGAUAGUGACGGUUUAUUAGAUUUCGCGGUCUCAUUGUUUAGCACACAUGUUAUGGAAGUGUUUCUUGGAAACGGUAAUGAGACUUUCAAACAACCAAUAAUGGGUCCGACGACUCUUUCUUAUUAUCUGGCUUAUUACGAUGUUUCUUAUGCCGAGCUUGCUUACGAUCUUGCUUAUUACGGUCUUUCUUAUGACGAUUUUCUUUUUCCCGAUAUUCUGCAAUAUCUCACUGUCGCUGAUUUCAACAAUGACGGUCACGUGGAUAUCGCUGCUUACAGCGUGUACAAAUACCAUGUAGUUAUCCUACUUGGAAGUGGCAAUGGAACUUUCGCAGGAACGACAAUGUUAUCAAACUCGAUUUUAGAUGCAAAAGCUUCAAGUACAGCACUCUCUACCGCUGUAGGCGAUUUAAACAACGACGGUAUCAUCGAUGUCGUUGUCGCCUAUGGUUAUCAAUGUACGAUAACAACACUGUUUGGAUAUGGGAAUGGAGAUUUUACAUCCGAAACGACACUUUGGCAGCUAAAUCGUACGUGUUUUCCAACGAUUCUUAUUGCUGAUUUUAACGGCGACGGUAAACAGGACAUUGCUAUCAGCAUGACUACUGACUACCAAGUGGUUGUAAUGCUGGGGAAUGGGACUGGAAGUUUCGAUGCGUCGAUGACGUUCUCGACAGGACUCUACAGUUUUCCACAUACAAUCGCUGCGAAUGAUUUUAACGAUGAUGGUUAUCUAGACAUCGUCGUGACGAACACAGGAAAUCACAAUAUUGGCGUACUUCUUGGAAAAGGUAAUGGGGAUUUUCAAGCACAAAUAACAUCUACGACGGGACCUAAUUUUCCACCAGCAUUAUUCGCUGCCGGUGACUUCAACGGUGAUGGUCACUUGGAUAUUGUUACCACGGUUCAACCUGACGCCUAUUACUUACGUCCUUGGUUGUAUGGUGUAAUUGUUUGCCUUGGAUAUGGCAAUGGAAGUUUUGGAGAACCAAUCACAGUUGAGACUGGGAAUAUUUUUCCGAGAUAUAUCAAUGUCGGUGAUUUCAAUAGCGAUGGCCGAAUAGACAUUAUCGUUAACGAUAAAUAUGGAAUCAGUGUCGGUAUUCUGUUUAACACAUGUGCUUGUUGCUGA